CCCACUUCCGCUUCCGGUUCCGCUACCGGAGAGCCCGGAGCUGCCGCUAUGCACGGACGGCUGAAGGUGCGCUCGCCGGACGCCGCUCGCCGCCGGCAGCGAGAGGAGAAGCUUCGGCUUUACCGGUCGGCCAUGACCACCUUGCUGGGCAAGGAGGCGCCGCCGGACGAGGUGCUGGCGCUGACGGGCGCCGUGCUGGCGGCAAACCCCGACGUGGGGACGUGCUGGAACCUGCGCCGGAGAGCCCUGCCCGCCCAGUCUGAGGACUGGGUGCAGUCGGAGCUGGCGUUCGCUGGGACGUGCCUGGCGGUGAACCCCAAGUCGUACGGCGCCUGGCAUCACCGUGCCUGGGUCCUGGCACGGGCUCCCCCCCCGUCCCCGAUCCCCGGCGAGCGACGGCUCUGCGAGCGCCUACUGGGAGCCGACCCGCGCAACUUCCAUGCCUGGGAGCACCGGCGAGCGCUGGCGGGCGCUGAGGACGCUGAAGCCGAACUGGCGUUUGCCGCUGAGCUCCUCGCCCGCGACUUCUCCAACUUCUCUGCCUGGCACCACCGCGGGCGCUUACUGGGCAAACUGGAAACGGGCCGCUUGCGGCAUGAGCUGGAGCUGGUGCAGAACGCAGUCUUCACCGACCCCAACGACCAAAGCGCUUGGGUUUACCUGCGCUGCAUCCUCUCUCGGGCUUCUCCUCCACCGAGGAUCCUUUGCCUUUACGUCAACCGUGAGGAUGCGACCUUGGCAGCCGUCUUCUCCCGCCCAGUCCUGGUGGGAUCGGGACAGUCAGCGCUGUCGGUGACACUGAACGGCUCCACCGUGGAGGGGACGACGUGGCGCUCUGGGGAGGGGUGGCCUCGCCCCGGCCUCACCUGGCUCUGGGACCUCCCUCCGGACCCUUCUCCGCCCUCCAGCCUCCACAUCCGUGUCACCUGGGAACCCGGCCCUGCCCACCAUGAGGUGACGCUGCAAGCAGAUGAGGACGAGGCCUGGUGGCAGGAGUCAAUCGUGUUGCGGGAGCUCUUCUGGCCCGAGGUUGGUGUGACCGACCCAGAGGUCCUGGAGGAGCUGGUGGGGACGUGCCGGGAGCUGCUGGAUCUGGAGCCGCAGAGCCGAGGCUGCCUUCUGACCCUGGUGCUGCUCCUCUCCGUGCUGGAUCCGCUGGCGCAUGAGGACGAGAUCCGGCGCUGCCUGCGAGCGCUGCAGGAGGCGGACCCGCUGCGGGGCGGCUUUGUGGCUGACGUGGCCUCGCGGGCCGAGGUGGCCCUGGGGCUGCUCCGGGCUGAGACCCAGCAGGGCAGACUCUGCCUUCAAAGGAAGGCUCUGUCGGUGCUGGCACUGCCGGAGCGUUUGGCGCUGGUGACGGAGCUGGACGUGAGCGGGAACCGCCUGAGGGCUCUGCCCCCUAACUUGGGGGCCAUGCGGCGCCUCAAGGUGCUGGAUGCGUCACACAAUGCCAUCACCUCGCUGCGAGGGUUCCCCCCACUGCCCUGCCUGGAGGAGCUGAACCUGGAAGGGAACCCCAUCACCCUCCCCUCGCUAGCCCCGCUGGCCGCCUGCCCGCGCCUCGCCCGCCUCCGCCUGGACGCCACCGCCAUGGCCGCCCACCCCCAGGUCACCUCCAGCCUCGCCCACAUCCUCCCGGGCGUCACCAUUGCCUGAUUAGAAUAUUGGGGGGAAGGGGCGGGGGGGGGGCACUUGGACCCUUAUUUAUCUCCUUUUGGCCACGCCCCUUUACCCCUAUUGCCCGUGUUGGCCCCACCCCCUUUCCCCCACAGCUCCAUUCAUCGUCUUGGCCACGCCCCCUUUCUCUUGGCCACGCCCCCUUACGGCUAGCCCAUACCUGGCUUUUGGCCACGCCCCCUUUCCUAUUGAGCCCCUUUACAGCGCUGGCCACGCCCCUUCCCCAUGGGUUAACUUUAUCUCUUGGCUACGCCCCCUUUUCUUGACCACGCCCCCU